UAUAUUGAGAUAAGUUAAUAAAUGGGCAAAUCAUGCCAUUACCAUUAAAACAAUAAAAAAAAAGAGAAUACAUUACGAUUGUCAUCGUUGUAGGUGUGUGUUUGUGAAUGAUGUGGAACAAUGAUUCAGUAUUCCAAAUAGUGCAAAUAGAUCCAUGAUUUCUAAAAAAGCCGAUAUAGCUUUUUUUAUUACACCUUGAUAUGGUGCUAACACAUUUUAUCGUCAUUUUCUUCGAACAAUAUUAUUAUGAUGGUUAAUUUUAUAAAUAAUAAACAUUUCAACAAUAUAUGAUCAUUAGCCUCAUAUGUUCGAAAAUCGUAUCGAAUAUGAAAUUGCUUAUCUUUUUCAAGCAAAAAAAAAAACAGAAUAUUAAACACUUGAGGCCAUAUUUUCAUUCCAUCGUUCAUUAACUAUCCGAUAGAAUCUAUUCAUACAUCGCGCUAAUGUCUUUUCUUGAGUUAAUAUUCGAAUUUGGAAUGUGAACAAGGCUCAUUUUUAUACGCUAUCGCGAUACAAUCGAUACCGAAAUAUCAAAACAAAGCCAAACAUUUUGCCGGUCAUAGAAUCAGAAUUAUUAUUGUUUAUAUAUUUUUUGGACAUGAAUUGAGCUUGGAAUUUGAAAACCCAAUAAUGUCAGACAUAAAGAUCACGCCAUUGGGUGCUGGUCAAGAUGUUGGAAGAAGUUGUAUUUUGGUCACAAUCGGUUCUCAAAGAGUCAUGUUGGACUGUGGAAUGCAUAUGGGAUACAAUGAUCAGCGACGAUUUCCCGAUUUUUCCUAUGUCAGUAAUGAAGAAAGUUUGGAUUCUUAUCUUGAUUGUGUUAUCAUUUCACAUUUUCACUUGGAUCAUUGUGGUGCUUUACCAUACAUGACAGAAAUGGUUGGAUAUAAAGGACCAAUCUAUAUGACUCAUCCAACAAAAGCUAUUUGCCCAAUUUUAUUGGAAGAUUUCCGUAAAAUCACGGUUGAACGGAAAGGAGAAACAAAUUUCUUCACAUCACAAAUGAUUAAAGAUUGCAUGCGAAAAGUUAUUCCUGUAAAUCUUCAUGAAACUGUCAAAGUAAAUGAUGAAUUGGAAAUUAAAGCAUAUUAUGCUGGCCAUGUUUUAGGAGCUGCAAUGUUUCAUAUAAGAUCUGGACAGCAUUCCUUAGUCUAUACUGGAGAUUAUAACAUGACCCCUGAUCGUCAUUUAGGUAGUGCUUGGAUUGAUAAAUGUCGACCAGAUGUCCUCAUAACAGAAAGCACUUAUGCAACCACUAUUCGUGAUUCCAAAAGAUGUCGUGAAAGAGAUUUUUUGAUGAAAGUUCAUGAAUGCAUCGAACGUGGUGGCAAAGUUUUAAUUCCUGUAUUUGCUCUUGGACGAGCUCAAGAAUUGUGUAUUCUAUUGGAAACUUAUUGGGACCGAAUGAAUCUUAAGACACCAAUAUAUUUCGCAGUUGGUCUUACUGAAAAAGCAACAAAUUAUUACAAGCUUUUUAUUCCUUGGACUAAUCAAAAGAUUAAAAAAACUUUUGUUAAACGUAAUAUGUUUGAAUUUCGACAUAUCAAACCAUUCGAUAGGGCAUAUGCAGAUAAUAAAGAACCGAUGGUUGUAUUUGCUACGCCUGGAAUGUUACAUGCUGGCCUGUCUUUGCAAUUGUUUCGAAAAUGGGCUCCUGAUCCAAAUAACAUGGUCAUAAUGCCUGGUUAUUGUGUAGCUGGCACUGUUGGUUAUCGUUUGUUGAAUGGUGCCAAAAAAAUUGAAUUUGAAAACAAACAAUUUGUCGACGUUAAAUUACAGGUUCGUUAUAUGUCAUUCAGUGCUCAUGCCGAUGCUAAAGGUAUAAUGACAUUGAUCAAUCAAUGUGAACCAAAAAAUGUCGUACUGGUUCAUGGUGAAGCUUCUAAAAUGGCCUUCUUACAUGGAAAGAUCAAAAAUGAAUUCCAUAUUGAUUGCUACUAUCCAGCGAAUGGUGAAACAAUAAAUAUUGAUAUUCCGAUCUCACAGGCUGUUGAUGUAGAUGUUAACUUUCUAAAACGAACAAUUACUUCUGGAAUUUCUGAUCCGAAAAGACAGAAAUUAAUGCAUGGAACAUUAAAAAUUGAUAGCAAUAAUUCUACUCUCUUAUGUAGUAAAGAUGAAUUCGAACAAUAUGGAAUUAAACCAUUUAAUAUAACAUUUAAAACUUAUAUUAAGUUGGAAAAAGAACAAUCCGAUUUGCUAUCAACUGAAGAAAUAACACAGGUUAUCUAUGAAAAAUUGAAAAGCAAACUUAGUGAUCAACAUGUGAUAAACAAACCUAACGAAACUGAAGUACUAAUUUCUCAAGUUUUAAUUCAAGUUCAACCAAACGAAUACAAUCAAAGUAAUAAAGACAUCAUCAUUAAAUGGCCAGAAGAGGACGAAGCAUUGGGAAGUUUUCUUUUGAAUUACAUACAAGGAUUAAAUCGAUGUUUUUACAGUACCAAGUGAUUCAUUGAUUCUUUUUCAUCAUCAUUAUAUUGAACACAAGUUGAUAAAAAUUUGACUUUUACAUGUCAAAAUAUGUUUUAAUCAUUAUAAUAAAAAAUCAUUAUGCUUCACUUGUUGAGCUGUCAUCA